UGCGCCUGCGCAUUAGGGGCGCGCGCAAGGGGCUCGUUUGUGAUCCCUUUAAGAAACCGCAGGCGGAGGAAUUUCUGAGAGAAAAUAAUCCUACUCACGGGGCCCCUUGGAGGCCAUUAACCCCCGGAGUCCCGGCCCCCCUCUCCCGGGCAGGUCCUACCGCCCACGCGCACACUCGUGGGACCCUUGGAGCUGCGGCCAGGCGCGCGGCAUCCGCCCCCUCUUUACUCCCGCUCCAGGCCCAGUUGGGUCCGGGAAAGCUGCGGCGAGGCGGCCGUGUCUGCAGUGUGGGCGGGGGCCGGGGGCCCGAGAGGUGCCGCCACCACCGUGCUGGGAGCCGCUGCGGUUCCGAGCGGGGCCCAACAUGGCGGAGAGAGAGGUGGAGUCCGGCCCCCGAAAGAGGGGUCUUGCUGUACAGUUCAAACUGGCCUUGAGCUCACUGUGAAGUCCAAGCUGAUCUCGAACUUGCAAUGAUCCUCCUGCCUCAGCUUCCCAAGUGCUGGGAUUACAGUUUGAACAGAAAAGUGGUGCAGUUUUUGAUGAAAUUGUAGAGAACUGUUCCUAAGAGAAAGAUUAUGAUUGGGCCACUCUGUCAGGAAAGCAGAGUCAGGCAAGAAAGUGUGGUGGUAUCAUGGAUACAGAAAUGUCUGAAGAUAUAGACCACAACCUAACUCCUACCCUUGACAGCAUGUCUUAUGGAAUGCCGAAUCAAACAGGAUCUGAAAAUUCAUUGCUGGAUGAAGAUGAUUAUUUUUUGAACUCUGGGGAUCUUGCAGGAAUUCCAGUCGUUGGUAGUGACAAUGAGGAUGAACAGGAUUUUAGUUCAAAGGAGAAUCUUGUUUCUUCAGUUCAUACUGAUGAUAGCUUGGAAGUAGAGAGAAGAGUCACACAGAAUGAAUCAGACAAUGAAAACGAAAUACAGAUUCAAAAUAAAUUAAAAAAAGACUUUACUAAACAAUUUGAUCAGGUUUCUGUCUUUAAAUCAAUACGGAAAGAUUUUAGUCUAGUAAGAGAAAACAGCAAAGAGACAUUUUCUGGAAAGGAGAAAAAUAGAGACCUAACUUAUCAUGAACAUGAAAAACGGUUGGAUAAACCUCAUAAAGAUUUGGAUUCAAGGUUGAAAAGCAGUUUUUUUGAUAAAGCAGCUAAUCAAGUUGAAGAAACAUUACAUACCCAUUUACCACAAACCCCAGAAACAAACUUUAGGGAUUCCAGCUACCCAUUUGCCAAUAAAGAAUCCAUUGGUUCGGAACUGGGGAAUUCCUUUGCAUCAAAUAUUAGAAUUAAAGAAGAACCUUUGGAUGAUGAGUAUGACAAAGCAAUGGCACCACAGCAGGGACUACUAGACAAAAUUAAAGAUGAACCUGAAAAUGCUCAAGAGUAUAGUCAUGGCCAACAGCAAAAAACUCAAGAGGGGGAACUGAAAAUUAGUGCUGUGUUUUCCGUCAGUGGCAGUCCUCUUGCUCCACAGUUGACUACUGGCUUUCAGCCUUCAUUGGCAUCAUCUGGCACGAAUAAAAUGCUUCCUUCAGUUCCAGCCACAGCUGUUCGAGUUUCCUGUUCUGGUUGUAAAAAAAUCCUCCAGAAGGGGCAAACUGCUUAUCAGAGAAAAGGGUCUACUCAGCUUUUCUGCUCUACACUGUGCCUAACUGGAUACACAGUUCCACCUGCCCGCCCACCGCCUCCUCUCACCAAGAAAACCUGUUCAAGUUGCUCAAAAGAGAUUUUAAAUCCAAAGGAUGUGAUCAGUGCCCAGUUUGAAAAUACCACCACCAGUAAAGAUUUUUGCAGUUUGUCGUGUUUGUCAACAUAUGAACUGAAAAAAAAACCUAUUGUUACCAUAAAUACAAAUAGCAUUUCAAGUAAAUGCAGCAUGUGUCAGAAGAAUGCUGUUAUUCGACAUGAAGUUAAUUACCAGAAUGUGGUACAUAAACUUUGUAGUGAUACCUGCUUCUCUAAGUUUCGUUCUGCUAACAACCUCACCAUGAACUGUUGUGAGAACUGUGGGGGUUACUGUUAUAGUGGCUCUGGACAAUGCCACAUGCUUCAGAUAGAGGGACAGUCUAAAAAGUUUUGUAGUUCAACAUGUAUUACAGCAUACAAACAGAAAUCAGCCAAGAUUACACCAUGUGCACUUUGCAAAUCAUUGAGAUCCUCAGCAGAAAUGAUUGAAAAUACGAGUAGCUUGGGGAAAACAGAGCUUUUUUGCUCUGUUAAUUGCUUAUCUGCAUACCGAGUUAAAAUGGUUACUUCUGCAGGUGUACAAGUUCAAUGUAACAGUUGUAAAACCUCAGCAAUCCCUCAGUAUCACCUAGCCAUGUCAGAUGGAAGUAUACGCAACUUCUGCAGCUACAGUUGUGUGGUAGCUUUCCAGAACUUGUUCAACAAACCAGCUGGAAUGAAUUCUUCAGUAGUGCCCUUGUCUCAGGGCCAAGUAAUUGUCAGCAUCCCCACAGGUUCAACAGUGUCAGCAGGAGGAGGUAACACCUCUGCUGUUUCUCCCACUUCCAUCAGUAGUUCUGCUGCUGCAGGUCUUCAGCGGCUUGCUGCCCAAUCCCAGCAUAUUGGGUUUACACGAAAUGUUGUGAAACUCAGGUGUCAACACUGUAACCGUCUUUUUGCCACAAAACCAGAACUUCUUGACUAUAAGGGUAAAAUGUUUCAGUUCUGUGGCAAGAAUUGUUCUGAUGAAUAUAAGAAAAUAAAUAAUGUAAUGGCAAUGUGUGAAUAUUGUAAAAUUGAGAAAAUUGUAAAGGAGACUGUGCGAUUCUCAGGUGCUGACAAGUCAUUCUGUAGUGAAGGUUGCAAAUUGCUUUAUAAACAUGACUUGGGAAAACGCUGGGGAAGUCACUGUAAAAUGUGCAGCUAUUGUUUACAAACAUCUCCCAAACUGGUACAGAAUAAUUUGGGAGGAAAGUUGGAAGACUUCUGUUGUGAAGAAUGCAUGUCAAAAUAUACUGUGUUGUUCUAUCAGAUGGCCAAAUGUGAUGGUUGCAAACGACAGGGUAAACUUAGUGAGUCCUUGAAAUGGCGAGGGGAAGUAAAACAUUUUUGUAACCUGCUUUGUAUCUUGAUGUUCUGUAAUCAGCAAAGUGUAUGUGACCCACCUUCACAAAACAGUGCAGCAGCUUCCACCGGGCCCCCAUCUCUCAGAAAAGAUUCAACCCCGGUAAUAGCUAAUGUUGUAUCAUUGGCAAAUGCUCCUGCUGCUCAGCCCACAGUGAAUUCUAACAGUGUCUUACAAGGUGCAGUUCCAACAGUAACCGCGAAAAUCAUCGGGGAUGCAAGUACACAAACAGAUGCCCUGAAAUUGCCACCUUCCCAACCUCCAAGGCUUUUGAAGAACAAAGCAUUAUUGUGCAAACCCAUUACACAGACUAAAGCUACUUCCUGCAAACCACAUACCCAAAACAAAGAAUGCCAGACAGAAGACACUCCAAGUCAGCCCCAGAUUAUUGUGGUGCCAGUUCCUGUACCAGUAUUUGUGCCCAUACCUCUUCAUCUUUAUACUCAGUAUGCUCCUGUUCCCUUUGGAAUUCCAGUUCCAAUGCCUGUCCCAAUGCUUGUCCCAUCCUCAAUGGAUAAUGAAGACAAAAUUGCUGAAAGUAUUGAUGACAUUAAGGAAAAGGUUCCCACACAUCCAUUUGAAGCUGAUCUCCUUGAGAUGGCAGAAAUGAUUGCAGAAGAUGAAGAAAAGGAGAAAACUCUAUCACAAGGAGAAUCCCAAACUUCUGAACAAGAACUCUUUCUAGACACCAAAAUAUUUGAAAAAGACCAAGGAAGUACAUACAGUGGUGAUCUUGAAUCAGAGGCAGUAUCUACUCCACAUAGCUGGGAGGAAGAGUUGAAUCAUUAUGCCUUAAAGUCAAAUGCUGUGCAAGAAGCUGAUGUCGAACUGAAGCAAUUCUCAAAGGGGGAAACAGAACAGGAUCUAGAAGCAGAUUAUCCAUCAGAAUCCUUUGACCCACUUAAUAAAGGACAGGGAAUCCAACCACGUUCCCGAACAAGACGACGACACAGAGAUGGCUUUCCCCAACCUAGACGACGAGGACGGAAGAAGUCUGUAGUGGCUGUGGAGCCCAGGAGUCUUAUUCAAGGAGCCUUUCAAGGGUGUUCAGUGUCUGGGAUGACGCUGAAGUACAUGUAUGGAGUAAAUGCUUGGAAGAACUGGGUUCAGUGGAAAAAUGCCAAGGAAGAGCAGUUGGAUGUAAAGUGUGGAGGUGAACUUGGCUCAUCCAGCCCAUCUUCUGACCCCUUAGGAAGUGCUCAAGACCAGCCAGUCUCUCAAGAAUCUUCAGAGGCAGGCUGUAGAGUUCGUUCUGUCAAGUUGAAGGAAGAUAUUUUGUCCUGUACUUUUGCUGAGUUGAGUUUGGGUUUAUGCCAGUUUAUCCAAGAGGUGCGGAGACCAAAUGGUGAAAAAUAUGAUCCAGACAGUAUCUUAUACUUGUGCCUUGGAAUUCAGCAGUACCUGUUUGAAAAUGGUAGGAUAGAUAACAUUUUUACUGAGCCCUAUUCCAGAUUUAUGAUUGAACUUACCAAACUUUUGAAAAUAUGGGAACCCACAAUACUUCCUAAUGGUUACAUGUUCUCUCGUAUUGAAGAAGAGCAUUUGUGGGAAUGCAAACAGCUGGGCGCUUACUCACCAAUCGUCCUCUUAAACACCCUCCUUUUUUUCAAUACCAAAUACUUUCAACUAAAGAAUGUUACUGAGCACUUGAAACUUUCCUUUGCCCAUGUGAUGAGACGGACCAGGACUCUAAAGUACAGUACCAAGAUGACAUAUCUGAGGUUCUUUCCACCUUUACAGAAGCAAGAGCCAGAACCAGAUAAACUAACUAUUGGCAAAAGGAAACGAAAUGAAGAUGAUGAGGUUCCAGUGGGUGUGGAGAUGGCAGAGAAUACUGACAACCCACUGAGAUGCCCAGUUCGACUUUACGAGUUUUAUCUAUCAAAAUGUUCUGAAAGUGUGAAGCAGAGGAAUGAUGUGUUUUAUCUUCAGCCUGAGCGCUCCUGUGUCCCGAAUAGCCCCAUGUGGUACUCCACAUUCCCGAUAGACCCUGGUACCCUGGAUACCAUGUUAACACGUAUUCUCAUGGUGAGGGAGGUACAUGAAGAACUUGCCAAAGCCAAAUCUGAAGACUCUGAUGUUGAAUUAUCAGAUUAAGAUGGAAGUGAAGUUCCUAUUUUCAUACACAUUGGUAUGCACCAAACUGUGAAUGCAUCCAGCUGCUGGAAAGCGAUGUAUAAGUCCAAGUCCUCUUGACUUGAUUAUGAGACAAUGGGAAACAGAUGACUCGUGAACCACAGUGUGGAUGUACAAACAAAAAUUGAAGGAAAGAGUACGAACUGAGAAAUAUUCUUUGGCAGUGAAAUAGUUGUUAGAUGUCUUCAGAAUGACUAACCAAUUUCUCUGAGUGGUGCAUAAUCUUAUUUUGUUUGGGAAUAACAAAUUGUGGAAUAUUUUUAAGGAAAACUGUUGUAUAAAACUCUACCGUAGUAACCUUAGACCUUAGAGGGGUAGCUUUGGAGUGAGACCUUGGCUACAGUAGGCUAUAUGAGCAAGCCUUACCAUAAAAGUCAGGGGUGAAGUCAGUGCAGAGCUGGGGGUAAUAUCCUAUGAGGACUGUGGGACCCAGACUUGGAGACCCAAUAAAAUUACUCAACUUUUCUUAAAAGAUAGUGAAGUGGUCUUGACUUUGAUUUUCACUGCCAAGCCAAUUAUGUGAAGGAUAGAAGCCGCGGGUGCUUUUACCAUGGCCCCUCACAUCAGGGAAAAAUGACCUUCACUGCUGUUAACGUAGCAUUGUGUCCCUUUACUUCCUGGGUCUGGAUGUGGGUAAAUUAGCAUAAAGGGGAUGAUAUUCCACAAACUAAUUAUGCACACAGAAAUCUGUGGAGCCCAUUAGACCCCAAGUGUCUUGAAAUGUUUGUAGAAAACCCACUAAAAUACCCACUUCUCUGGGUGUAGGCCUAUUGCUGCUGUCUCAUAGCCUCAGCUGUGGCGCACAGAAAUGGGGCUUUCCUUUUGUUUUCAAUUUUUCCCCAGUGGCAGCUUUUCUCCCAUUGUUUUAGCUUCCUAUUUCCAAAUGAUUCCUUUUAUUUUUCUUUUGCACCAGUUUUUGGAGGCCCUUGUCAUUUCAAAAGAAGUCAUUUAACUCUGGAAAACUUGUGAGUGAUUCCCCAAAGACACAGUAUUACUUAGCUAUCAAAAUUAUGGUAGUAAAGGUCUUAGUAGGUUUCUGUGAAAAGCAUUUGGAUGAUGACCUUGAUGCCCUAAGAAACUUGAAAAAUAGGAAUUCUGGGGUGAGCAUAGAAAGACAUUGACUGUCUUGCUUAUCCAUAGGACUUUUAUAGCAUUAUUCCAAACUAGCUGUUUUAGUAGUUCUAUGAGGAUUGCAAGUCAUAGGCGUGUGUGGCAUAUCAGUUCAUCUCCCUCAUCUCCAUUCUUAGUUUCUUCCCCACAAAAUUUGAAUCAAAACUUUUAUGAUGGCCAGGCAUGGUGGUGCACGCUUGUAAUCCAGUACUUGGGAUGCUGAGGCAAGAAAAUUGCUGCAAGUUCAAGACCAACCUGGGCUACAAAGUGAUUUAAGGCCAGCCUGAAUUGCAUAGUGAAACUUUGUCUCAAAAAAUCAAAAAAGAAAAGAAAGAAAGAAAGAAAAAAGCAUUUACGGUGUUGGCCAAUCAUAGAACCUGGUUAGCUGAGGUUAAUAUGACCUUACCUAAAUUGAAAAGUAACAAGUCAUUUUAGAAAAAGUUUAACCUUGAAAAACUUUCCAGUAUUUCCCAUAUUUUAGGUGGGAGUGGCAAGUGUUACUAUUUUUUUUGAACAAAUGAAAGUCAUUUAGCUACAAAAAAUUUAAAAGGGGGCCUUUUGACAUUGUGUACUUGAUGGAUCUGUCCCUUUUCCUGUAAUAAAUCCAUUUUUGUUACCAAAAACUGUGUGAAAGAAGUAAAUCUUCCCUGAUUCUGUAUGAUUAAUUCCAUCUGUGUUUGUUAUUUCUGACUGGAAAACUUUUUACUUCCAGACCUUGUUCAGUUGGAGGAAAAAUUGGAUUGUCUGAUAAGUCUGCCAAUAAACCAUCCAGAAACAUCAGGCUAAUAGUCCCACUAUACUAAUUUUAUGGUUUGUAUAAACACUAACAUUUUCCCUGUCUGUAGUUGUAUGAAAAAAAUAUUGUUAGUAUAGUAGAUAAAUUGUUAUAAAAUACCAGAACGAACAAAAAAAAAAAUCUGUAUCUUUUAACUGAGAACAACCAGUACCCAAAUAAAUGACUGUAUCAGCGUUUAAACUGCAUGUUAGUACACAGGUUGCCCAGAGCCCUAAACUAAUUCGCAGAGAAAAUAAUGAUUAGUUAUUGGUCAUUCCUCAUAAGUGUAGCUGUUGAUGUUGUGUCUAAUUAUUUGCAUUUUUUGUUAUUAAAAUUGUAUAAAGUUACUUUUUUUUCCCCUAGGAAGAAAGUCAAAGAAGCAACAUCUAAUCAUUCUUUUCUGUUCUUUUGGUUUUUAAUCACCUUUGGGUUUCCCUUUGCCAAAACCACAGAAAUAUUCCCUUAGAAUAAAAUAGUAUAUUUGUAUUUCA